CAUGCACCCACAGGCCAACGGCAGAAAACAACGUAAACAAAGCAACAUAUUUGGCUAAAUCAGGACAUUUAAUCCGUUUAGCUCUUGUUUUAUUGUCUCAAUAUAUUGCAGAAUAACUGCUCGAUGUUGUAAUUUAGCUAAAAGUCUCAUUGUCAGUCAUGUUUGUUUGGAUUUCGGGAUUAUAAAGGCCUUGAAGUCGUUCUGCUAACGGAAGCCCAUGAUUCAGCUGGAGAAGCCGGUGCUGACUGGGACCAUGCCGGUGGUUUGGCCCACCAUCCUGGACCUGGGCAGGGACGAGUGCAAGAGAAUUCUCCGUAAACUCGAGCUGGAGGCGUAUGCCGGGGUGAUCAGCGCCCUGCGAGCACAGGGAGACCUGACCAAGGACAAGAAGGAUCUGCUGGGGGAACUCACUAAAAUCCUCGGUAUCUCCACAGAGCGCCAUCGUGCAGAAGUCCGCAGAGCUGUCAACGAUGAACGCCUCACCACCAUCGCAUAUCACAUGUCGGGUCCUAACAGCUCGUCUGAGUGGUCGAUUGAAGGACGUCGCCUCGUUCCCCUGAUGCCGCGGCUCGUCCCACAGACAGCCUUUACCGUGACCGCUAACGCAGUAGCCAGCGCCUCAGCCAAUCAGAACGCCUCCUUUCUGAUGCCAGCGGAAACAGGAAACAAAGAAGUGGUCGUAUGUUACUCCUACACGAGCACCACGGGCACCUCCACCAGCGCCACAGCGAGCAGCGGAGCCAUCGGAGCGGCGGUGAAAUCUCCCAGACCCCCGAGCCCCUCCUCCAACGUGGUGGUGCUGCCCAGCGGGAGCACGGUCUACGUCAAGAGUGUGAGUUGUUCGGACGAAGAAGAGAAGCCUCGAAAGCGCCGGCGGACCAACUCGUCCAGCUCGUCUCCGGUGAUGCUGAAGGAAGUGUCCAAAAUGUCCCCCCCGGUGUCCAAGAGCAUCACGGUGCCGGUGAGCGGCAGCCCCAAGAUGAGCAACAUCAUGCAGAGCAUCGCCAACUCGCUGCCCCCCCACCUGUCCCCCGUCAAGAUCACCUUCACCAAGCCCACCAUCCAGACCACCAACACCACCACGCAGAAGGUGAGGGAGCCUUUGUGUUUACUUAUGUUUCAAAAAAGGCUGCUCUGA